AUGGCACGCCUUCAAUCAAUCCUCCUCCUGGUCCUUUUGACCGUGGUCCUCUUUCUCGCGCUUGCAGAGUCGGCCGCCGUGAAAUUCCCAGCCAACAGCCUAUCCUUCGACGACGAGACCUCCCCCGCUGCUGACGAACACGCCAUCUCUCGCCGUGCAGCUCGCCGAAAGCCGCGGGGUUGGAAAGACAAAUUCAAUCAAGUGAAAAACGAUGCAAAGAAACUGCAGGGAGAUGCGCAAAAAAAGGCGCAGCAAGCAGUGGACAACCUCGGAAAAAUGCCCCAACAGGUGGAACAGGGGCUGGUCGCCGCAUGGGACAAAGCAGAUAUUGAAAACAGGAUCUCGACCCUUCCACAGAGCUCUGUGGCCAAGUUUGAAGCGUUCAAGGACAACUCGAAGCUCAUGAAGGAGAAUAUGGAGAGACUCGAAAAGAUGGGGGGCAAGAUGAAAGACUUCAUGGCCAACGUGGACAAGGACGACUUGACCGAAAUGCUACAGACUGGUCUCGAAAUCACCAAUGAUAUCCUGACCGUCUCAUUAGCUGGCGUGACAGUGGCUGCACGUAUAAAACAAGGCCUGCCGCCGGAUGAGGUUGACGAGAAAAGACUGGAUGAUGCGUUUGACGCGAUCGAGAAGAAUUACAGAAAAUACUCUCCAGCAAAGAACAAGGUUGUGGCGGUCGAAAAAGCCCAGCACAUCCCGGAAGAUGCCAGAGUUGUCGAGACCAAAUAUGUUUUUUCCGACGACGACAUCGAGGUUUUCAGGGGGCUGAUCGAUCUGGCUGUCAAUAAAAAUGACCAGAGCGCUCGAAAUUUGCUGAAUAAAUGGGCCAAACUUGGGCAGGAGGGGAUUGCCGAACGGUUCCCGGCCCUUCCAGCGCCCGGUGACCAACGUGGACUGCGAGACUUCCUUGAGUGGUGCAAUGGUUGCGGUCGUUACAUUUGA